UCCACCCCCACCACCCACCCCCAAAACUUGGCCGUGGUUGUCGGCGUCUCUGAUUGGUCGCUCCGCCGCGGCGACGUGACAACACCUGCUCGACCGAUUCAUCAACACUGACAGGCCGGGCCGCGGGAGAUAUAGGCAGCAUCCAUCCCGUUUCAGCGCGCUCAUUCCCGACAGAGACACGCCAGCAUACACAAACACUCAGUGUCUCUGAGAAACUCGAUUACCCAAGGUGUCUCGGGGAAAAAAAAUGUUGACCAGAUUCGCUGUGGCGCUGCUCGUUUUCUCGGUGAUCGCGCUGACGGAAGGAACAGACGCUACCGACGCUCAUGAAAGUCACCCGGAAAAAGCGGCAAGCCCAAACCAGAAAGGACGACUCUCCUUGCACAAUACAGCUGAGAUCCAGCAUUGUCUGGUGAAUGCUGGAGAUGUGGGCUGCGGCGUGUUCGAGUGCUUCGAGAACAACUCGUGUGAAAUCCGCGGACUGCAGGAAAUCUGCCUGACCUUCUUGCACAAUGCCGGGAAGUUCGACUCCCAGGGCAAGUCUUUCAUCAAAGAUGCACUGAAAUGCAUGGCCCAUGGCCUUAGGCACAAAUUCAGCUGCAUCAGUCGAAAGUGCCUGGCCAUAAAAGACAUGGUGUUCCAACUCCAGCGUGAAUGCUACACAAAGCACAACUUGUGUGCGGCGGCUAAGGACAACGUUAAUGUCAUUGUGGAGAUGAUCCACUUCCAGGACUUGCUCCCAAAAGGGCCUUAUGUGGAACUGGUGAACAUCUUACUAGCCUGCGGUGAGGAAGUCAAGGAGGCCAUUAGCAGAAGUGUGCGGAUACAGUGUGAGCAAAACUGGGGUGCUCUCUGUCACAGCCUGAGUUUCUGUUCAUCGCCCCCGCCCCUUGCCAACCAGGAGCGCCAUACAAGCCAACAUGAGCACCCUAAAGGUCCACGUCAAGCAGACAAAGAAAAGCCUGGCAAAGGGGGCUCAAGCACCCAUCCAAGAAGUCGUGGCCAGGGGGCACGACGCGCAAGCCUCGAUGCCACAAUGGCUGAGCAGGAGGACCCUGAGAACACCGACAUCCGGAGGUGAAGAGCCCCCAAGCACAGACUGAGUAACAGGCCCAGUGAAGCUCUCCUCUUGUCCUUUUCCCCUCCAGCGGUCAUUCCAGAUCUCCCAGACUGUUUGUUUACUUUUGCAGGGUAUUUGUGAUGUAGCUCAUUUUUGAUACUGCAGAUCCUAGGUUCUUUUGUUCUUGUCACAUGACUCUAACAUAGCAUUUCUAUUUCGUAAGCAUACCCCCUGUAAGUUAUUUAUUUUAUUCUUUAUGCAAUGUUGAAAUAUAAAAUGUACAUAUAAAUACAUGUAUAUCUAUAAUUACACAAACCUGUAUAAAAUAUAGCCAUUGUAUGCAGUACAGAUAUACUAUAUGUAUUAUAGUAUACAUAAUAAAUAAAUGCUUGUUGUAUUAGUUACAUUAUUUCACCUACAAUCAAACUGUAGAUAUGUAACAUAUUUUUUUUUUUUUAAAGUUUGAUAUUUUGCGUGUAUUGUAAUUUGGAAUACUUGUUGAUUAAAUAUAAAGUG